UAGUAUAUCGUGUAUAUAUAUAGUACACAUAAUAAACGUUAUAUAGCCAUAUAAACAGAGAGAGAGAGAGAGAGAGAGAGAGAAAGACAGGAAGAGUCGAGCUGGAGCGCAAUGGAUGCAUCCUCGACUGCAUCCUUGAGAUAGACUGACUGCAGCGUCGCACCUGGACGUCAUCCCCACGUCGCAGUUGCAUUGCCGCAAGAGAGAUCGGUGGUGCAGAGCAGUAAACUCGCUCAACUUGGGUGCUUCCGAUUCGUGAAAGACGAGUGUACUCCGUAGUCCGUAUAGGCCGUUGCGAAGCGCGUGUAGUGUACGUAGUUGUCAGGGAGCGCUGGCGUGUGUCAGGUCGGUCGCUGGAGCGGGGCGCGGCCCUACGUAACUACUACUACUACUACUACUACCACUACCUCAGACUGGCAGUCCAACUCGCGGGGUGAAAACGUUGCUCCGCUGCUUAUAUAGUUGCUCGGCAGUGUGCUCGGCGCAGGGAGCGAUCCGCGCGCUCUGCUACUACAUAUAUAGAGCAGCAGCAGCAGCAGCACUACUGGCAGCAGUGCCAGAGAGAAGGAAGAAAGAGCGCUGCGCCGCCGCCGGUUGCUUGGCGACCGUGACCAGCUACUGCCAUCCAGUUCGAUCCCCAGCCGGCUCUGUACUCGCGGCCAUUAUAACAUCAACCCAGCAGCAGUAGCAGCACACCUUGACAGUGUGCUCGUGCUCCGAGCUGCUUCUCGUUCUCGUGCUAGACACGACUCCGACGAUAAUUCCAGACCUCUUGCCGAGGGAGAGCAGAAUUCCCCCAGUGCGUGCCGACGUGCUGACAAAGUACCAUGUUUGAGUUUACUUGAAUAGUGAGUUGGAUAGUGGUUGUUGUUGUUUUUAUUUGUUGUGCGGGUGUGUGUUGUUUUCCUGCAUGCAUGUGAGAGAGUGACGGACAGCCGCCGACAUGUUCCAGUGCAUAAUCCAGCAACGAAACGGCUGGAUCCACCCGAUCAACGCCGACACCAAGGACGUCUUCCCAGAUAUAAGACUGCAACUAAACGAGCAGCUAAGAUGCCUGGACGUGAGGAUGGAGGCGCAGGUCGCGCUCGUCGCCGAGCUCCAGGACUUUUUUCGAAAGCGCUCCGAGCUCGAGCUCGACUACAGCAAGUCCCUCGACAAAAUGGCCAAGGGCAUUCAGAUGAGGCACAAGGAGCAAAAACAAAAAAGGGAGGAGUGGCCACUGUUCUCGUCCUACUCGUGCUGGCAGCAGCUCAUCAACGAGACGAAAAAUCUCAGCCGAGAUCACGCGGCUCUCUCCGAAGUCUACAGUACGCAUCUCGUUGCUCGACUCAACCAGGUCAUGGAGGACGUCCAGCGAAUUUACAAACGCUGUCGAGAAAUCGGCUACGAGACACACGAGGAAAUACUGCGAGUGCUGCAUGAAUUACACACGACCAUGAAGACGUACCAGGCGUAUCAAGCCGAGUCGCGCCAAGCCGAGACGAAGCUCCGAGGCGUCGAAGCACAGAGAUCCAAGUACGAGGUUACCAGUGUGCCACCGGAGAAGUUGGCACGGUCGAAGAAAUACAGGGUCCUUGAGAAGGAGGUGAACAAGAGGAAGAUCAAGUACACCGAAGCCAGACUCAAGGCGCUCAAGGCUCGCAACGAAUAUAUGCUCUGCCUGGAGGCGUCCAACACGACCAUUCACAAGUACUUUGUCGAAGAUCUGUCCGACCUCAUAGACUGCAUGGACUUUGGUUUUCACAACUGCGUAGCCAGGGCGUUGAUGAUGCACUGCAGCGCCGAGGAGGGCCGCCAACGCUCGCUGCAAGCCGGAGUCGAGCAGCUGGCGGCCCAAGUCAGCGCGCUGGACUCGCGCGCGGACAAGCAACGCUUCCUCGAGGCGCAUCACGCGGCCUUCAUGAUACCGAAAAAGUUCGAGUUCCAGGCCGGCCGUUCGGAAGUCGCCGGCUCGGUGACGGCUCAGGCGGCCGCCAAGCUCGCCGCCCUCGACAACAACGAAGCCAACAACUCGGCGGCGUCAGCGGCGGCCAAUCUCAUCGGCGCCGAGCCCGAGCUGCAGAAGCUCCUGCGAAGCGAGAUGGAGCAGCGAUUGGGCCAGCUGCAGACCCGAGUCACGACCCUGCGCACCGAGUCCGAAGAGGUCUGGAAGACCCUCGAGACGGCCGAGGCCAGCCUCCUGGAGAUGCUCACCGCCAAGGACUACGAUUGCUCCAAGUACUUCGGCGAGAACGGGCUACCGAGCAGUAGGCCGCCUGAGACGGCCCAGAUCAAGCUUCGAGCCGACCGACACGAGACCGAGGAGUUUUACCUCAGCAAGUUCCGAGAGUAUCUGCUCGGCACGUCGCGGAUCGCCAGGCUCGACGCCAAACAGGACUACAUCAGGCGCAUCCUGAUGCAGGCCUCCGACUCGGGACAGGCCAGUCCAUCCUUGUCGGCGGGUGCCGCUGCCAGUGCGGCCAGCGCCGCCGCGGCCAACGCUCAGAAACAGGCGCGCCGCAAGCGGAUCGGCCGACUUCAGCUGAACGCGAGGCAGCCCAAACUGUUCGGUGGCUCGCUCGAGGAGUACCUCGAGAGCACCAAUCAGGAGAUUCCCCUCAUAGUGCGCAGCUGCGUCCGAGUCAUCAAUCUUUAUGGUUUGCAUCAUCAGGGCAUUUUCCGUGUUUCCGGCUCGCAGGUGGAGAUCAACAAUUUCCGCGAGUGGUUCGAGCGUGGCGAGGACCCCUUGGCCGAUGUGACCGACGCCUCCGAUAUCAAUAGCGUCGCUGGGGUCCUCAAGCUCUAUCUCCGAGAGCUCCGAGAGCCGCUCUUCCCUAUAAUUUACUUCGAACAGUUGAUGGAGUUGGCACAACUCGAUUCCAAGCACGAGUUCGUCUCGCGUAUGCGACAACUCGUCUCGAGUUUGCCGAGGCCUGUGAUCAUCGUUAUGCGUUAUCUAUUUGCCUUCCUCAAUCACCUUUCCGAAUUCUCCGAUGAAAAUAUGAUGGACCCUUACAAUUUGGCUAUCUGUUUCGGGCCAACGCUCGUACCAGUGCCGGAAGAUAAGGAUCAAGUUCAAUACCAAAAUCAAGUUAAUGAGCUUAUCAAAAAUAUCAUCACGCUCUACGAAGACAUCUUCCCAGAUGACAUUGGGGGAAUACAGUACGAGAAAUACAUUAGCAGAGAACCUGAAGAUGUUGAUGUGGGAGAUUCACCGACUGAUCAAGUGCAAGAGGACCUCGAUUCAGAAGUAUAUCCAUCUGAAGACGAAUCGGAAAAUCUCGAGGCAACGGCACAAUUCGACUUUAAAGCUCGUUCAGAGCGCGAACUCAGUUUUAAAAAAGGAGAUACGCUUACAUUGUAUGCUCAAGUCAGUAAUGAUUGGUGGAAAGGAGCUUUAGCUGGAAAAGAUGGUCUCAUUCCCGAUAAAUAUAUUAUGCUCAAGAUCAAAGACGAAGAAAGAGACAAGGAUCUUAAAUCUUCGUCAAGUGAGGAAUCCAUGAGGAGGCGAGCUUCGAGCUCGGCUGACAGCGUACUGUCUAGCAACAAUUCCCCAUUGAUGGGACCAAGCAAUAACACAAACGUUUGGCCUAGCACGGCCAUAGCUGCGGCAUGUGACGCUGCUAUAAGCGCGAAUAUGACCCAGUCGAAUAGUUCGAGUUCGAGCUCAAUUGUGCCACCGGUCGUAACGAACGUAUCCGCUUGCGUCUCGACGUCAUCACAAGCCAUCAUCAGUCGUGAGAAUCCUGUAGAGCAAUGUGAAAGCAUAGACGAUACCGAAGGGAAUGUCGAUAUCGGGAGCUACCUAAGCAACGGACUGUCGCUGGGCUUAGGGCUGACAAAAGCCGCAGCAUUCCAUGAAAUAACGACGGGUCCGAGAGCAGCUAGGCCGCCAAGCUUGGAGCGGGACUCGAUGAGCAACGGAUUGAGCAAUACAACCCCCGGCGCCGCAGAGUCGCGUGACGAGCUCGACGAGUCGUCCUCUUCAUCUCAUCAAGAGCAGCAGAUAGCCGUACCUCAGCAAUUCGCCGACGAAGUGUCGUCUUCCUCCUCGUCGUCGGCCUCGUCGUCUUUGACGUCUACUCCUCUGCAACAAAGAGCCGCCGCUCGUAAAUACCCCUGGAAAUCACAGAGCAUGGGGGAGCAGCAGCAGAGACAGCAGUUACGACAAGAUGACCUUUCUGCAGACGAGCAGAACUCAUUCUCAGCCAAUCGAGAGUUAUGGCAAAGGAGGGCAGCAUCACAGGGCCAGCUGUUGCCACCCGUCCCGGGGCCGAAGCCUCAAACUCCCCGAGCGACGCCAGAUUUGCGAGAGCUGCGUCAAAAGCACGCGCCAGAUCUAGUCUUGGACUUACCCCCAUCGGCUCAGGAGGCCAAGCCGGUCCCAGGAGCUGCCGAGGAAAUUCCAGACGAAAGCAACAACGAGGGCGAGGCUGAGCCAAUCAACCAAGCCGCUCUUCAACCAACUGUGAAUUGCUCCAUACCGCCUAGUAGUGGACCAGAGUCACCGGACAUGAGUACGGCAGCCGAGCGUUUUGCCAAACAGAACCAGUGCACGCUGAAAAAGCGGCCGCAGACCCAGGGCGAGGUAGCACAGGUCGUGCAGCAGCAGAUGGUCGCUGUACCAGCGAGCAUCAGCGAUCAGAACGAAGUGGCACCGCCGCAGCCCAUCGUGCGAUCGGCUAGCUCCAGUCAGAUUACUCCGAUGAUCGCAGCCAAGUUCGCGGAGCUUCAUCUAACCGGGGGCAGUCAGUUGCCUGCUGGGCUACCGCUUCCGCCGGGCUGUAAGCCCCAGAUGAAGAUCAAGCCUCUGGUGCUGCGCAAACCCGUGCUUCCUCCGCAUGUGCAGCCCAGUCCCGAGUUAGGCGGUCGCAAGGUCGACAACAACAAGCAACCCGAGCAACCCGCCAAUUAAGUGACAGCAGUCCUUGCUCCUACAGGAUUCAUUACGAUUUUGCAUGUAAAGAUAUAAAGCUUUUGCGCGGUACAAGAAGAGCCGUCUUGUCACGUGCUCGUGACCUUUAUCAUAAUAAGAUAAACAAAUUUAUUUGGUAAGGUUCUAAUUUCUUAGUUUUCUGGUGUUUUAGUCAUUCAACCUCGUUUGUAUGCAUGUGCUCGCUUUUUUAUGAAUUCCAUGUGAAUAGAUGUAGUGCGCAAGCUCCGAAUGAGAUAACGCGUAAAUGUCCGUAUGAGUGUAUGUGUCUGUGCGUGCGUGAUUGUGUAAGCGAGCUCUGUUAUUAUGUGACUUACUUCAAUUAUUAUUACACAUAUCCGAUGUUCGACUGCUUUUUUAGACGA